AUGUGCCCUGCUUGGGUGUUCUUCGGAAUUCUUUCUGUGGCCGUAGGAAGCAGGCAUUCAUUCCAUGAAAUUACAAUUGGGGACAAUCUUCCCAGAUGCAGCAACAUUGAUCUCGUGUACACAUGGGUAAAUGGAUCUGCAGGCCAUCACGCACCGAUCCAAAAACUGGACACCCUGAAUGCGGAGGGCAUUCACCGUUUCAGGAAUAUGGAUGAACUCUACUAUUCCCUGCGGGGUGUAGAACGGUACAUGCCUUACAUAAGACGAGUCUUCAUUGUCACUAACGGCGAGAGAAUUUCCUGGUUGAAGUCCUCAGAGUGGAAGGUGCCCAUCGAAUAUGUUUAUCACAAAACCAUCAUUCCCCCCUCAGACCACAUUUCGAGAAAUUCGCUCGCCAUCGAAAGCUUCCUGCACCGUAUACCUGGGUUGUCAGAAUUUUAUGUUUAUCUAAACGACGAUUGUCUCAUAACCAACUACAUAGACCCCAAGUUGUUGUUUGACGGACCGGUGGUGCCUAACAGGAACGGCUGUUACGUGCUGGAUCCUCACGGGUCCUACAGGAGCAUUUUUCCUGUAGAGCGCCGUAACGCCCCUGGAAUCCAGCAGUACGGGCAGUAUAAAAGAAAGUGCGGGCACUACUUUGCCAUCCAAAACUCCAACCUUUUAGUUAAUGUGAUGCUGGGGUCCGACGUAACACGUCAGUACCCCAAACACUCCUUUGUCACCUUCAGGAGGUCUGUAAUGGAGAGCCUGGAGAUAGUCUUGAAAAGGAAUGCGAAGGACCCUGUCCGGACAAAACGUUCAAUAAGCGUGAUUAACACAGAGGGCUACCUGGCGGCUAACAACUACUUUCCAGGGUGGUAUAAGCAACUAGACUUCGACAGUGGAGGCCUGUUUGCAUAUGUUCCUCUUAAGAACAACCAGUCACUGUCCGUGCUGUGCAACGAGCUGGACAGAAGGCCAUUGACUCUAUGCAUUAACGACAUUCUCGAUAGGGCGUUCGAGGACAAUACGGUCUUGGUGCCAUUCAUCAGCACAUUGCACAAAAUUUUAAACGAUUUCUUUCAGACCGACUCUCCCCAUGUCAGAUAA